GGUGUACACGUAGAUCUCUGGUGACGACACUCCUCAAGGGCAUUGCGUAUUCUACGUGUACGUACUUGACCUAAGGUACUUAAAUUAAGCCCUUCUCGGAUUCCAAUGUUCUGGUCCCCCCGCUUCCCCCCUUGCCCCUUCACAACAACAUCUCCAACCUCAAGGACAACCAUCACGACCAGCCUCAAUAAACAUCGAGACCACUCUUCUACCAAGAACACAAACAUACAAAACAAAAAGAAAGAAUAAAAUAAAAACCUUCUUCAUCAUGACCGACAAGAACAAGACCGAAACCGACACAGGCGUCACCGGCGCCGCCAAGUUCGUAACCUCGACGGUCGGUAACACGGUGGGUGGUGUCUCGCGCACCGCUGGCAACGUCACGGGCGCCGCCACCCGCGGCGUGGGCGACACCGUCAGCAGCGUCACCGGUUCGGCGGGCCGCCCCGUCGGCGACGCUCUCGGGAAUAUCGGCACCGGCGUCGAGAACGCCGCUAACGCUGCCGGCGAGGGCGUGGAGGGUGCCGGGCAGUGGAAGAAGUCUGAGAAGUAAUCAGCCACGAACCGGAAAAAUGAAAGGAAUGGCAAUGGCCGACGGUUUGGGGAGGUUCUCUUUGGUUUUCAGUUUCAGUGUAUCUGAGGAAACAUUGCCGUCAUUUCAUGGCAACGUGUUGCUGUACAAUUAGCUACCGCCCUUUUUAAUUCCACCUUCUGGGACCUUCCGCCCUUGUCCGCAAUCUCCA